GUUUUUCUUGACAAGUGACAGUAACAUCAUUUCAUAUUCAUUUCGCAAAAUUUUGGAAUUUUAAAAGAACAUCAAUUAUGAAAAGAGAGCAAGGAAAAGGGGCUGGCGGAAGCGGCCCGGGAGGAGUGUGUUUGCCCGGUCAAAAUGACCAGCAAAAGAGCCGCGAAUCGGUUAUAGCAAAUUUAGUAAUAUUUGUGGCCCUAGUUGGGGUAAUAAGAGCAACACCCUACAUACUUGAAGUUCUGUAAUUUGCCAAAGUCUGACAGAGUUGUAUGACUAGGAGUUUUGUGAUAACUUUUGUACAAUUUACACUAUUUGUAAAAAAUGUGUACUCCAUUUAGUGUAAUAAAAUGCUGUAGAUUCAUGUAAUAUGGCAUCCAUUAAAAUUUCAUCUUGGUAA